UGGCCUUUAAGCAGUGAGCUGUCAUCGUUCUGAGAGCGAGCUUAGUGAUUAAUUUUAUUCUCUUUGCCCGAAACGAAAGUUUUAUUUUGUCCUGUGCGCGCAAACAGAAUUGUUAUCAGUUCUCGGAAGGUGAAAGGUGACUGUUAAUAAAGUUGGAAUAGGGGAUUUUAUAACAAAUGAACUUCUUAUAAGAAUCAAUUAUAUUUUGUUAGAAGAUAUUUAUUAGAAACGUUUCGAUUUUGUAUUAAACGUGUGUUCCAUACGUUUUAAUUACUGCAAACAGUAAUAAUGGAUAAGAGAAUCACGUCUUUUAUGGUAGCAAUAUUGUUUUUUGCGUUCGUCAAUACAGAAAAAGCAGCCUUAAAGUUUUACCAAGAAAAAAAUUUCCAUGAACCUCAGGAACUAUCAGAUGACAAUGUCAAAGAUAUAGCAAAAUUAACUGACAUGAACCACUUUAGACAAGUUUUAGAUGAAAUUCUCAUCCCUAGAGUUGUAGGAACGCCAAACCAUGAGAAAGUUGGUAAUUUUAUAGUAAAUGAAAUGAAAAACUUGGGUUGGGAUGUAACAGAGAAUGUUUUUCCUGAUCAAACACCUGUGUUUGGGACACUCAACUUUAAAAACAUUAUAGCAAAACUGAACCCAAAUGCAGACAGAUAUCUAGUGCUUGCCUGCCAUUAUGACAGUAAAUACACCAGGGAACAUGUUUUUGUAGGUGCAACUGAUUCUGCUGUGCCAUGUGCUAUGCUAAUAAAUAUUGCCAAGGUAAUGUCAACGCAAUUGAACAAAGUAAAAGAUGCAAAUCUCAGCCUUAUGUUCAUAUUCUUUGAUGGUGAAGAGGCUUUCCGGCAGUGGGGGCCUAAGGAUUCUAUUUAUGGUGCCAGACACUUGGCUCAGAAGUGGCAUUCCUCAGAAUACAAAGAUGGAGCAAAUGAUCUUCAAAGAAUGGACGUGUUAGUACUCCUGGACCUAUUAGGAGCGCCGGAUCCGGUGUUCUUUAGUUAUUUCCAGUCUACGGAGAAGUGGUAUGUGAGACUGGCAGUCGCGGAAAACCGUUUGUCCGAGCUGGAUAUGUUUGAAGGUUAUACUAGAGGGAAAUCGGAGCAGACUUACUUCAGGCUCAUGAGCUCCGGAGCAUUAAUUGAGGAUGAUCACGUGCCUUUCAUGAGACGAAAUGUCGACAUACUGCACGUGAUACCAUCUCCGUUCCCGAGCGUUUGGCACACGGCCGAUGACGACCUUUCAGCUCUUGACUUCAAAACAAUAGAGAAUUUGAAUAAGAUAUUCCGAGUGUUCAUCGCUGAAUAUUUACAUCUUGUGUCAUAGCGACAUACUUUAAAAGAACUUUGGCGCUCAAUAUCUUCCAUUGUCCAUACAGGACCAUCGGCCUACGAGUAUAGAUAAGUAAUUAUUUAUAGCUUUAAAAUCGACUUCGAGCACAACAUGUCAUACGCUAAGAAAAAAAACUCAAAGGCGUAGUCACAAUGCUUUCAUGGCAAAAAUUAGAAUGACAUUGACCAGGUCCGGAAUAACUUUGAACGCCAAUAUUUUUUUCAAAUACUCAUUCGUGCAAGAAAUUAGUAUUAUGAUUCGAUUAACUUGAUAAUAUAAAACAAAGGUUAUGGUUGAUUAUUACAACACAAUAUUUGAGUUGAAAUAUAAACAUUAAUUGUUUAAUAAAUUGAAGAGAUAGCUACAAUUAAUAAUUAUCUUGUAAGUACUUACUGUUUUCACAUUGCCCUUUACGUACUUACCUUUCAAGUGAAGUUUAUUGAAAUUCCUAAGUUUAAAAAUUUGUUUGCAUAUUAUGUAUUUGUGUAUUGUGUGAUAUAAUAUAAUAUAUUGCGGCGAAUAGUGCCAGUAUCUCAGGCAAAAAGACCCAUAUUACGUAAAUAAGAACCAUAGAGUUUAUAUGUUUAAAGUUUCAAAAAUGGGUAUAAUUUUUUCUCAUAAUAUUAUUGUAACCAUCUUGUGGUUGGCUAACUCGUACUCACUCGUGCGGCAAUGUUCUUAUCGCUUCAUUUCUUCAAUAAUAAUUAUUAUUUGAAACGAACUAAUAAUUGUAUGUAUGGGGGUUUUGAUACUAAUGUAAUGUUGAUAUGUUAUAACUGUUAACCAGUAAAUACAUCGAUAAUUAUUUGUUACAAAAUAAAAUUCUAAAACAAUUUU